ACACGUCUGUUACGCACUUGUACGAAUUGUGAGAGCCGUCGACAUUUUGUCGUUUUCUUACGGAGUUGGGUGUUUUGUUUUUUGCCGCGUUCCUUGCGUCGGACUGAGGCGGCACCAUGCCGGCUGGGCCUGUGCAGGCGAUGGCGCCUGCUCAGCCAGCACCACCUGAAGCGAAACAGCCUGAGGAUGAGCCAAAAGAAGAAGCAACACCAGCCAAACCCGUUGUGGGAAUUAUUUACCCACCACCAGAAGUUAGAAAUAUUGUGGACAAGACAGCUAGUUUCGUGGCCAGAAAUGGACCUGAGUUUGAAGCCCGGAUCCGUCAGAAUGAGAUAAAUAACCCCAAGUUCAAUUUCUUAAACCCCAAUGAUCCUUACCAUGCCUACUACCGGCACAAAGUCAAUGAGUUCAAGGAAGGGAAGGCUCAGGAGCCCUCCGCAGCCAUUCCAAAGGUCAUGCAGCAGCAGCAGAGUGCUCAACAGCAACUUCCCCAAAAGGUGCAGGCCCAGGUGAUUCAGGAAACUGUCAUUCCAAAGGAGCCCCCUCCAGAGUUUGAGUUCAUUGCAGAUCCCCCAUCAAUCUCUGCCUUUGAUUUGGAUGUGGUAAAGCUGACAGCACAGUUUGUCGCUCGGAAUGGCAGGCAGUUCCUCACCCAGCUGAUGCAGAAGGAACAGAGGAACUAUCAGUUUGACUUCUUGCGCCCACAGCACAGCCUCUUCAACUACUUCACCAAACUGGUGGAACAGUAUACCAAGAUCUUAAUCCCACCUAAGGGCUUAAUCAUAAAACUGAAGAAGGAGGCAGAAAACCCCAAGGAAGUAUUGGACCAGGCAUGCUACAGAGUGGAGUGGGCCAAGUUUCAGGAGCGAGAGCGGAAGAAGGAAGAGGAAGAGAAGGAAAGAGAGCGAGUUGCAUAUGCGCAAAUUGACUGGCAUGACUUUGUGGUGGUGGAAACUGUGGACUUCCAGCCCAGUGAACAAGUGAACUUCCCUCCUCCCACCACACCCGAGGAGCUCGGAGCUCGCAUUCUGAUCCAGGAGCGCUACGAGAAGUUUGGUGAAAGCGAGGAAGUGGAGAUGGAGGUAGAGUCGGAUGAUGAAGAUGAGAAACAAGAGAAGACGGAGGAGACUCCAUCCCAAUUAGACCAGGACACUCAAGUGCAGGAUAUGGAUGAGGGCUCUGAUGAAGAAGAUGAGAAUCAGAAAGUUCCACCACCUCCAGAAACUCCAAUGCCACCACCUCUUCCUCCUACGCCAGAUCAGGUUAUUGUCAGGAAAGAUUAUGAUCCUAAAGCUUCCAAGCCUUUGCCACCCACCCCAGCCCCAGAUGAGUAUCUGGUUUCCCCCAUCACUGGGGAGAAGAUUCCUGCCAGCAAAAUGCAAGAACACAUGCGAAUUGGGCUUUUGGAUCCUCGCUGGCUGGAGCAAAGAGAUCGUUCCCUCCGGGAGAAGCAGACUGAUGAUGAAGUCUACGCCCCAGGUUUGGAUAUUGAAAGCAGCUUGAAACAGUUGGCCGAGCGCCGUACUGAUAUCUUUGGUGUGGAAGAGACUGCUAUUGGCAAGAAGAUUGGGGAAGAGGAAAUCCAGAAGCCAGAAGAAAAGGUGACCUGGGAUGGCCACUCUGGCAGCAUGGCCCGAACUCAGCAGGCUGCUCAAGCCAACAUUACCCUGCAAGAGCAGAUUGAAGCGAUCCAUAAGGCCAAGGGGCUGGUGCCUGAAGAUGACAGCAAGGAGAAGAUUGGUCCAAGCAAACCCAACGAGAUGCCCCAGCCUCCACCGCCUUCAUCCGCUCCGAACAUCCCAACAAAUGCUCCACCAAUUGCAUCAGUACCCCGUCCUCCUUCCAUGCCACCUCCUGUCCGCACAACUGUCGUCAGUGCUGUUCCCGUCAUGCCUCGUCCCCCUAUGACGUCAGUGGUCCGUUUACCACCAGGCUCUGUCAUUGCUGCUCCCAUGCCACCAAUAAUACAUGCUCCUCGGAUCAAUGUUGUCCCAAUGCCGCCGUCUGCCCCGCCCAUUAUGGCUCCGCGUCCUCCUCCCAUGAUCGUGCCAACAGGAUACAGACAGGGACCAGUCAGCAGUCCAGCAUUUGUUCCUGCCCCUCCGGUUGCACCGGUUGCUUCCCCAGCACCUAUGCCUCCUGUUCACCCUCCCCCACCCAUGGAUGAUGAGCCAUCCUCUAAGAAGCUGAAGUCUGAAGACAGCCUCAUGCCAGAGGAGGAGUUCCUACGCAGAAACAAGGGUCCAGUCACAGUCAAAGUCCAAGUUCCCAACAUGCAGGACAAGACUGAAUGGAAGCUGAAUGGCCAGGUGCUGGUGUUCACCCUCCCGCUCUCUGACCAGGUUUCUGUUAUAAAGGUGAAGAUUCACGAGGCUACUGGGAUGCCUGCUGGGAAACAGAAACUUCAGUAUGAGGGCAUUUUCAUCAAGGACUCCAAUUCUCUGGCUUACUACAACAUGACAAGUGGAUCUGUGAUUCAUUUAGCACUCAAAGAAAGAGGAGGCAGAAAGAAGUAGUACCCUUAUGGCAAGAAGCUGUCAUAUUGGUGCAACUCUUGAGUAGUAUCAGCAUGGAGUUCCCACUCAGACUGGACUAUGGACCUUAAUCUUGUAUCUGGUAGACCCUGGGCCUAGAGAAAAUUGAUCUUGCCCAUUUAGUAGCUGUGCAAUGUGAACCAGUAUAUGUAAAGCUGAAUGGCUCAUACUAUACUCAAAGUGCUGCCAGAAUUGUCCCUACCUUAAUAUUAUUCCCAGUGGUUCUCCAGUUACCCUUUGUAGCUGAGGCCUUACCUGGGUUUGAUCUAAUUCUGCAGUAUUUCACUUUUGGAGGGUCUUGCUGGCGUUCAAAGAAUUUUACCUGUCAGAUGAAACAUUUCAGUUAACUUUCUCAUACCAAGUAAUUUUUCUUAACCAGAGUAGCAAAAGCAUUCAUUGUCCUGAGCAAGAUGUGUGCGCUAUCUCCUUUUGUAUUGAUCAGGAUUAUUUUGGAACAGCCUGAUAAAAGAGAGGGAAGAAGCCAGGUUUCUGGAUCAUACCAUAACUUGUCAGCCCACCUUUUGCAGCUCCUCCAUUAGAAAGCAGUUUGCUGUGAUACCUGGAGAGUAUUGCUGUUUAAAGGUAUACAUCUUGGAGUUUUUGGAACCAGUUUCAUGGUUUUUUGGAUCCUGGCAUUUUUUUAAAAAAACAAAACAUUAGAUUGAAAUGAAUGAUGCAUGAGCCCCAAGGGUUUGGGCGUAGCUUGUGGUCAUGUGCUAGAAUCUGCAAUUUGUGCUUCUUUCCCCCCCAUGGUUUUGGAAAUUCAUUUAGUGUGAAAGCAACAAUAAAAAACAAUAAAACA